UGUAAAACAGUAGAUACACUGUGAUGUAGCCGUUAUGUUCUUUUUUUCUUGGUGUAAGUGUAACACAACAUCCAGCUGAACAGAAGCUCAAGCUAGGACGCUAUAGAACUACUAUAUUAGGAAGCUUUCAAAUGAGUUCCAGGUUGGGUAGGUCAAAGUCAAGCCAUGGAGAAGAUGGCAAGUGUGUGACUUUCUGACUUCGUUUUGCAACUCACUGCACCACCUGGAAUCAAUCCUCUCAGGCCAUUCAGUUACUGUGACAUGUCGACCCUGCGCUUUGGACAACACCUCAUCAAGGCCUCUGCUGUGUUCCUGCAGACAGAACUGUCCUUUGCUCUCGUCAACAGGAAACCUGUGGUGCCUGGACAUGUUCUGGUUUGCCCGCUGAGACAAGUGGAGCGUUUUCGUGAUCUUCAACCUGAUGAGGUAACAGACUUAUUCAUCGCCACCCAGAGAGUUGCCACCUUGGUAGAAAAACACUUCAAUGCCACCUCGCUGACCAUUGCCAUCCAGGAUGGCCCUGAAGCGGGACAAACUGUGAAGCAUGUCCAUGUCCAUGUGCUUCCCAGGAAGGCAGGCGACUUUGACCGCAAUGAUAGUGUCUAUGAUGAGCUCCAAAAACAUGAUAGGCAAGAUGAAGACGUGCCCUCAAAAUGGAGAUCAGAGGAAGAGAUGGCAGCUGAGGCGUCCAUCUUGAGAAAUCAAAUUGAGAACUCUUGAGAGGCAAGCUUAUUUUUCCGUGGUCAGCAGGGAUUGGAAAAACAUCUCUUUAAGUUCAUAAUUGUAUUCAAUAAUAUUUGUAGUCUUAUUUUGGUGCACAGCUUGUAUUUCCUGAACUGUAUGUACUGCACAUAAGCUUAAUUAACGGUAUCAUUUGUGUAACAUUGUCCCCAGGUGCCUGCCACAUGUUUGUUUCAAUAUACCGUAAUGUUUGGACUAUAAGCCGCUACUUUUUUCCCUCAUUUUGAAUCCUGCAGCCUAUUGUCCAGUGCAGCUUAUUUGUUGAUUUAUUUGGGUUAAUUAGUAACCAUUUAUUUGACAGUGGCAUCAUAAAACCAUCAUAAUUAUGACAUGACAAUAUCACUUGCAUUACUGAAUGCUUAUGACAGAUGUCAUGAGGUGUCAUCCGGCAAAUUAUGUCACUAACUCCAUCUUUUACAUCCAUUCAAACGUAAGCUAAUUUGACGGAUGGCAUUAAAUGCCAUCUGCUAUAAGCAUUGAUUAAUGCUCAUGGCAGUGUCGUGUCAUAAUUAUGAUUGUCUUAUGACAGUCUUAUGGUGCCACUGUCAAAUAAAGUGUUACCGAAUACCAUAACUAGCAAUUAAUGAAACCACUGGAACAGCAAUUGAAGAAACAAUUAGCACAGAGCAUGAAUUUUGAUUAUUAUUUACAUCUGUAGCGCUGCACCGCAUGCUAGGAGGCAUGUUGGACGACAAUAGUGUUGACAGCAGGUGGCAGCAGAGGUUGACUGUCUCUCCCAAGGGAGCAGUGAUGGCCAAAUUAAGCUUUUUGAAGCUUUGCAUCCAAUUGGUUCUAAGCUUCAUGGUGGUUCAUUUGGUCUUUUGACGCUUCUGUCAAAUGAAGUGUUACCAGUUAAUAGCUUUUGGUGUAAAUAUCCCAUAUUACAAUGAGGGCAGCUGCGGGUUAUAGUCCUGUGCGGUUUAUCAAUGAACAAAUGUCGUUAUCGUGUCAUAUUUGGUGGGUUGCGGCUUAUAGUCAGGUGUGCCUUAUAGUCCGAAAAUUAUGGUACAUUUCAUGGUGAAGUACUUCAUUUGCUGUUUUUGACCUGUGUAAGAUUCUCACGAAACGCGUAUACAUGAUGCACAAAAAAGCAAUAAUAAAUCAGUCUUAACAAACUGUGCGUAAGGUCACCUUCAGUAAUUCCUACCUUCAUAACUCACACUACUCUUUUAAAAGUGCAAAUCCAACCAAAUGUGGUAAGUGCAAAGCACUACACAAAUAUAAAUGGCAAGCAUAUCAGUGAUUUGUGGAGCAUGAAGCGCAGGUGAUUUUUUUCCCCCUUUAUUUUAUUAAUCUUUAAAUUCUUGACAUAUGGAAAGAUCUAAUUUACUAUCAUUGUUAUUUGCAUAAAUCUUUGCAAUGUCCCGGCAAAAUCUGACAUUACAGUGUGCCUGAUUGAUGACUAGAAUGGAAGCAUAGUCCCCACUCAGUCUAUAUACAGAAUGUCCGCUAAUGAAGCACAUUAUUCAAAUUUAUGCAUUAUAAUGAUGCCGUUGUGAACAGCCCCUGGAUUUAAACUUGAUGACUUGACAUAUAUUUUUUGCAAAAUUGAUACGACAGUUUAAGCAUGCAUGUUUUUCUUUACAUUAUUAAACCUAUGGGAAUUUGAAACACAUUUUUAUAAUCCCCACGAAGAAAGAUUAAAUCCUAAAUUUUCCGAGAAGUGCUGAGCCAGGCUAAACCAGAGUGCAGGGGAAAACUAAAACAGUCAGUCUGGCUGAAUUUUGCAUUAACUUGAGCGGAUGUUUGUCCUCGGAUAAGGAAGCCAUUUCAUUGAUUUUCCUGCCUUAUUUAGCUUUUAUCAAAAUAUAAAUGUACAUUUUUUUAGUUAUUCAGAAUCUUCGAAUGUGAGAAUUUCAAUGUGUUUCUAUGUAUAUGAUGGAAAUGCCUCAGUCUCAGAGCACAGUUGCUUUAAGAAAUUCUAAAAAUGUAUCCCACAAGCUUUUGGACUAACAUACUCUAUCAGCAGGCGUUUUUAA